GAGGAGGGAAACCAACUUCACUCGCCUUGGAGGAUUUUUACGCAGAUUUUACGCAUACCAUUUGACAGACUGGAUGCACUAUCCUCGCAAUUUAUUGAUUUGUUGACAUCGUGACACGGUUUCUAUGGCGUGUGGGAGCUGAAGUAAACUUAGCUCAUCAAAAUGAGUAUCCACAUCACUUGUGGAUUUGCUUGAGAAAUCGCUUCUUUGACCGCGCUUCGUCACGAAUGUGUUGAGCAACUGCACGGGAGACAGACGCUCUCUUCGUGCAGGAUUGGAUUGAAGUGAAUUUCAACAUUAAGUUCCGUCCACUAAAAGUUUUUGCUCAUUGCGAUGCAUCCGUGAGAGUUUCCCCCUUCCGAAUUGCUGUCGUUCGGAGCAGGGGGGACCUUUGAUGGAUUUUUUAUGCGGGACCCGCUAGGAUGGACGUGGUAGAUGAAACUGAAGCUCUACAGAGAUUUUUUGAAGGCCAUGAUAUUACCAGUACUCUGGAUACAGCCAACAUCGACACCAGUAUCCUGGAAGAGUACAUCAGCAAGGAGGACGAUAGCACUGACAUCUGUUUCUCAGAGGUCCACAGCACCCCGGGACCAAAUUACUCAUCUCCCCAGGCAGGAGUGUCCUCCUCUGGGGGGUUGGUGUGUGGCGUGAGCCCUCCGAUUCCCCUCCGCCAGGGAGCCCCGCCCCCCGGACCCCAAAACUGUCCAAACGCAUACCCUCCAGGUCCUUCCCUGAGCCUACGGCACAGCUACCCCUGCCUGGGUCAGCAUCAGCAACACCAACAACAGCAGCAGCACCACCAACACCAGCAGCACCAGCAACAGGCUCACGUCAAACCCGAGCACAGAGGCCACUACGCCCCUGGAACUCUUCCUGAGUCUCCGCCAGACUCAAGCUCAGAGCCGUACUCUCCUCAACAGGUGAAUGAUCCCCACAUGAUCAGGACCAUGACACCGGAAAACAUGUGUCACAUGACUCCGACGCCACCCCUUCCGCCUCAUGGGCAUUAUCCCAGCAUGCACCGUGACAUGUACCUGAAGCCUGAGCCUAUAAUAUCACAAUAUCCUAUCGGUCCAGCCACGAGUGCAGGUGGAGGAGACCUGCAGCAGGCACAGAUGCUCCACCAGCUUCUGCAGCAUCCGCAGGGGCAGGAUGGAAUUCCUGUUCACCAGGCCAAAAAGAGGAAGCAUUCUGACUCACCCAACAGCACUAUCAAUUCCCAAAUCCUCACAGGUAUCAUCAAACAAGAACCAGGUUUGAUGCAGGAUGCAGACAGUGGAUACAUGGACCCAAAUUAUCAGUGCAUCAAGUGGCAACCUCACCAGCAGAACAAGUGGACGCCACUUUAUGAUGCAAACUGCAAAGAGCUUCCGAUGCCGACCUACAGAGUUGACGCUGACAAAGGCUUCAACUUCUCCUUGUCCGACGAUGCUUUUGUGUGCCAGAAGAAGAACCACUUCCAGGUGACGGUGUACGUAGGCAUGCUAGGAGAUCCCAAGUUCGUCAAGACAAGUGAAGGCCUUCAGCCCAUCGACUGUUUCUAUCUGAAACUCAACGGAGUGAAAGUGGAGGCCAUGAACCAGUCCAUCAAUGUGGAGCAGUCACAGUCAGAUCGAAGCAAGAGGCCUUUCAAGCCAGUUCUGGUCUCCUUGCCCCCAGAGCAAGUCACAAAAGUGACAGUGGGGCGGCUCCAUUUCAGCGAAACCACAGCAAACAACAUGAGGAAGAAAGGGAAACCAAAUCCUGACCAGAGGUAUUUCAUGCUGGUGGUGGCACUGCAUGCUCAGUCCCACAGUCAGACCUACACUGUGGCUGCUCAUGUGUCUGAGAGGAUCAUCGUCAGGGUAACGUCCAGCCAUGCAUCCAACCCAGGCCAAUUUGAAAGUGACUCAGAUGUGCUGUGGCAGCGAGGCCAAUUACCCGACUCAGUCUACCAUCACGGGAGAGUCGGCAUCAACACAGACCGGCCGGACGAGGCCCUUGUUGUCCACGGUAAUGUCAAGGUCAUGGGCUCCCUUGUGCAUCCGUCUGACAUCCGAGCCAAAGAGAAUGUACAAGAGGUGGACACCACAGACAAUUUGAAACGGAUUUCUCAGAUGAGGCUGGUCCAUUAUCAAUACAAGCCCGAGUUUGCUGCCACCGUCGGCAUAGAGAACACUGCAGAGACUGGGGUGAUUGCUCAAGAAGUCCAACAAAUCUUACCUGAGGCAGUCAAGGAGGGGGGUGAUGUUGUGUGCGCCAACGGUGAAACCAUUCCCAACCUUUUAGUUGUCAACAAGGAGCGCAUCUUCAUGGAGAACGUGGGUGCGGUGAAGGAGCUAUGCAAGCUGACAGACAACCUCGAGACCCGAAUAGACGAACUGGAGCGCUGGAGCCGCAAACUGGCCAAGCUGCGACGUCUCGAUAGCAUGAAGAGCACCGUGAGCGGAGGCACGGUCAGCCAGUCAGGAAGUUAUUUUAGCAGGACAGGAAGUGGUCCCCACAAAAAGAAGACGGUCAAACCUGGGAGCAAGAGCCCACUUCCAGAUCAAGGUUGUAUCAGUCAGAAGUUCAUGCAGGGGAGCAUCCUGGCCCUCGUCAUCGUCAUGGCCUUCAGUGUCAUAUCCAUGUCCAUCCUUUACGUACUGACUCUUCAUCAUAGAGGAGACGUCACAGACAAAGAUGGCUUUGUUUCCUACCCAUGUGCUCUCUCCGUCUCUUGGAUACCCAUCUUCACUGCCACUGUCACUUUCUGUCCGCCUGCAUGUUCAUGGUCAAGAGCUGCAAUGGGAUCCUCACACAAGAGUCCAUUUGUUCUGCUUUCCACGACGCCUGCAUCAGCUUGCUGUUCGACCACAGCCUCGAACAACCAAUCCUCAACCAUUGUGACAUUAAAUAACAACCAAUCUGCUGCAGCUCCAGACAACUUGGUUCCCACACCAGGCAUCAUUAAUAAGAAGGCCAAGUCCAGAAUAAUGGACAAGGAUGGACGCAACAGAAACCGUCUCAGUCACACGUCUGCGCCGCUGUACCUGGCCAAGUCCAAAAGGCCUCCAUCGACAGACUUGGAUGGAGCGGGAGCCGCCAACCGUCUGCCUGGCGGGCAGCAACCACCACCACGCAGACAGCGCAGUGUAUAUUUAAAAGGAGGAAGAUCAACUCCAUCUCUGACCGGUCUUCAUAUAGUGGAGACGGACCAAGAAAUCACAACACAACAAUGUAAAACCCCCAAAAGCUGCAGCUACACAAUAUCCCUCCAUGGAAACACAAAUUCUUCACUAUCACAACUCACUUUGCACAUGAUGUCCACUGACAGUGUGUGGAUCCAACAAUGUAGAGCCACCAAAGGACGUCUUUGUCCAAAUCACACUGACACAGAGCUGUACAGUGGAGAACAAACAUCAACACAGGGAACUCAUCACUUGUGGUCAGUGCCUCUGCUGUCCUUCCAGGACAUCACCUAUCACUUUCGUGUCUCCUCGUCUGAUGGAAUGAGUUGUGCCACCGAGGGAGAAAUGACCUCCUACUCAGACUACCACUUUGUCAUUGAAAGCAGCUGCGUGUGAGAUGUGAGAGGACGCCUGCCCACUUCCUUGUGCCUUAGAGCGAGCCACAUCCACCUGUGGAUUUUGUCUCAUUAUUGUACAUUCUUUUUUUAAAAAGUCAUGUAAAACUAUAUAUCACUGCACGUCAUGUUGUCUCGCUCGGAUCGACAUCUCCUUUUGCUGUCAUCGUCUGUUGUUUGCGUCUGGAAAUGUUUGCGAUUGAUUGACAACUGUGUUGCACCACAGUUUAAUGCCACCGUGAAAUGAUGCUUGAGAAUUUUGAACUGAAAUUAUCGAUCACAAACACAUCGUACUGUGCACCAGAAUUCUCUGGGUGACACUGUACACAUUUUUGAUGACUAUAUGUACACUGAAACUAGCGUCACCUCAAAACAUGAAUACGUUCAUACACUGGUGAGUUUAAAGGUACAGCUAGGUAUGGCUGCAACCUGCAUUUUACCUCAAAUAGUUCACACUGCUACUUCCUUGGUAUCUUUUGCCUCAGUUUGUGAGAAUACUGUGCAUCCAGAUGAGAACACUUUUCCUCUUAAUGGCAUAUUCAAAAUAUCAGAAUCCUGCAUAAAACUGAUAAUGUAUGCAUUACUGCACAAAUAUGGUUAUGCUUGUCUGUUGUUGAGGGGACCAAGUCAUGCUCAUUUCUUCAGUUACAUGUGUUAAGACUGGAUGAAUAAAUGGUUAGUAACUGGAAAUUCCAUAGAUGAUUAUAAUAAAAUAUGUCAAACACUGACAAUAUUUCACAGAAACAAAAACAACAACACUGGAAUAGCUCACACUGAAAUUUGCUUAUGCUGGUAAUGUGCGAACAUUUUGCUUUUCCACUCCACCCCCCCCAAAAAAAUAUAUCCUUUCCCACAUUUUCAUCAGUGAUUAUAAAGCUGCAAGACACUCCAGAAAUGACUAUAACAUCACUGUUUAAAAUAUGUCUCUCACACUACAAUGAAUAAUCUGCACCGUCUUGUAACAAUUUUAAUAUGGGUGAUAUAAUGUUGGGUAUGUUUUCCGAUUUAAAAACAUUCUUGUCUUGUUCUCAAAUGUUGUGUUUUUAGUUGUCCACACAUAGGUUUUCAGACAAAUUCAAUACCUUCUAUAGGAAAAACAGCCAUCAGAGAAAACAAUGUAUUUACCAUAAUAUGAAUACUCAGAGCAAGAUUCUUUCUGUUACUUAUGGGUUGUGUAGUACUUUUGCUUAUUUAUAAUGCACCAGCUAGCAUAAAUGAAACCACUGUAGCACUUUUCACACUGUGUAUAUAUACACUGUAUAUAAGUAAUGAAUUGCUCUUGCUCUGCUCGUCAGCUUUAGAUACUCCAGUAGAACUGCAUUACAUGUAACUGUGUGGCAGCAUUGUGUUUAAAACAGAUGCUAAUUUUUGUGUUAUCAUAUUGUUUUUAAAGUCCAUGUUUUUGUUGUUGCUGUCUACAUAAAAUUCAACUUUAGCUACUCAGAACAAGAUUAAUGAUGAAAUGUGAAGUUAAAAUACCAUAUAACUAACUUGAAUACUUAAAUCACUAGUGAGUCCACUUUGUCACCACUUUUCCAGAGCUUUUUAUGUCAAGAAAAUGCUGUAAUACUGUAAAAGCAAAUAAAUGAAUACAUAAACAUAUACAUAAAUAAAGAAAUAAA